ACGAGCCCUUCCCAAUUAGCUAGUUUAGAGAUGUGGCUAGAAACUUCAGUGAGAUAAAAAUGUGUCUGCCGAAGUUGUUACCUGCCGCCCCAAGGUUAGAACUAUCUUUCUAGGGGUUCUGAUGCUUCUAGCCUUGAGAUGCAUUUUUUUUACAACAUAUCUACAGUAUUUCACUUUUUAAUGUGUAUAGUAUUGCUUACUAGAUGUUGUCCAAUGAAUUAUGUAACCACUCCCUCUUCAAAUCAGGGUUUAUUGGAAAAAGCUUUUCAAAAGAGGACAUCUAUUAUAUCUUUGUACUCCCUGAUGAAGGCCAUGCAGCCGAAACUGAGUUUUUAACCCUUGUUUCCAUUGAACAUUGCCACAAAAAUGAAGGCAUUUUAAUUAAUUAUAUUAGAAAGUGCCUCGGUCCUCCUUUCCUUUUGAUGACCAAUGUACCCCUUUUUCCUGUCUGGCAAAAUCUACUAUUGUGUACCUCAGCAGUGCUUGCUUCCCUUUGUUUUUGUUUACCUAUUAGUAAUCUGUAAUAUAUCAAAAUGGAUGAUGGACAUCAACAAAUUAAUACAUACCAUACGAUUUACGUUUACAGUGAGGGAUUCAAAACAUCUGGCCAGGGCCCCGGGUAGGCGUGUUUUACACCCAGUAAAAGUGGAUUGUAUAUUAGUUUUGGAAUCGGACUGCCUCCCAGGCGUGAGCCAGGUGCCCUGUUCAAAGCCCACGGCAAAAUCGUCUUAAUUAUGUAGGUGGAGUAGGUGAGUAGAAAUCUGUGCUCUAACAUGCCUUUAUCUUCCUUCCCAAAUGAAACCUAGUUUAAAAACUCAAACAUUUUAUGGAAAAGAGAUGUUGUAUGUUUCUUGCUGAUACACCAUGCUGUCUGUCGACAUGACCGAGAGGCACAGAUUACUGUUCGAUGUGGAAGGGCGCUCACUGCUUUUGCCCGUUCAUAUCACCGGUGAUGGAUCGGUGUCUUGCAGAUCAGUAUAAUCAAAUCCGCCCUAUGUUACGUCUACCCCUGAUUCCAGGUUGGCCAACGGUCCUCUACAUUGUGCUCUGAUCGUCCAAUCAAAAGAAGCCGGAAGAUGGAUGUGCUUAACUCUGUGUUUUCAUUGGCCAAGAAGACAAGCCAAGGGUUUGGAUGAAUUCAUCAGCACAUUGCACACGUGAUAUGUGCGCGCUGGUCCUGAUUAGCUGACAAACAGCUGAUGAACAUGGCAAGGACACAGUUUAAAGGACAGACGGGAGGAAGGCAUACUAAAGUAGAAAUAACCACAAUGGAACAUACAAACUAUUUUUAGGGUGCGACCGAUUAUUUAUUAUCGUCCGGCAGUAGUCUGUGACCUUGGGAUUUUGACAGAUUUUGCUUAGAACCGGCGAUUUGGAGUUCUACAUAUCUUUCAUAUACCGAAUUUCAUUUAGCUAAGGUCGAGCCCAUUUAGCAAUGGAUUUUAUAUUGAGCGGGGCAGCUGCCUGCGGAGCUUGCCUGUUCACUAACCCACUGGAGGUUGUCAAAACUCGAAUGCAAUUACAAGGAGAGCUCAAAAACCGAGGGACCUACCAGAUUUACUACCGCAACGUUUUCCACGCUUUUUACACUAUCGGCAAAGUAGAUGGACUAGCUGGUUUACAGAAAGGGUUGGUACCGGGACUUGUCUAUCAGUUUUUCAUGAAUGGAGUUCGGCUUGGGUCGUAUUCAAUCAUUGAGUCAUCUGGAUACAUCCACACGGAUGGGAGGGUUAGUGCUGCUAAAACCACAGUAGCAGGGGCUGCCGCUGGAGUAGUGGGGGCAGUGAUGGGAAGUCCCAUCUACUUGGUGAAGACUCACAUUCAGAGUCAGGCCACUUCCUCUAUAGCUGUUGGACAUCAGUAUCAACAUCAGGGGAUGGUCCAUGCUCUGGCAGCGAUCCACAAGCAGCAUGGUAUCCUAGGCCUGUGGAGGGGCUCCAGUGCAGCUGUACCCAGGGUCAGUGUGGGGUCAGCUGCUCAACUCUACUCCUUCGCUGCCUCCAAGGAGCUUGUCGUCGACCUACAGGUGUUCCCAGAGGGCAGCUGGCUGGUGGCUCUGUGCGCAGGGAUGAUCAGCAGUGUGGUGGUGGUGGCAGCCAUGACACCCUUUGACGUGGUCAGCACACGGCUCUACAACCAACCUGUGGAUCAUACAGGCAAGGGAGAGCUCUAUAAAGGUUUUGGGGACUGCUUCUCGAAGACACUGAAGAUGGAGGGUGUGACAGGGCUCUACAAAGGCCUGGGUGCAUCCUACUUCCGUCUGGGGCCACACACCAUCCUGUCUCUACUGUUCUGGGACGAACUAAGGAAGCUCUGGCAGCAGCACAGAUAGUAGCCGGCAGGCAGGACAAGCUCUACUCUGCCAGCAACACAGAUAGUAUCAGGAAAGGGAAUGGUCGCGUUCCAGGCCAUCUACAAAGCAGUUGCACUGCAUAAAUGAACCAAUGAUUGCCACGUCAUCUACAUUGCACCUGCUCAGGCCCACGUGUUCACACUGCAACCAUGUGCAUCACGUAUGUCUCAACCACACUCCCUCCCCCCAUUAUUCAUCUCCUGGAACAUUCCAGUGCUUGUAGCAUUCAGCCAUAUGGACUCAAAUUGCACUGUUCUAUUUUUAUCCGUAGCCCACACCUUUUGAAUAUUUACAUAAUACAUUUGAUUCAUCCACUGUCAUAGUGAUGGGUGAUAAUUAGAUUUCCAGUUUUUGAGGAGAAGUUUUUUCAAAAUCAUUGACGAGAAAAGUAUGGUCCACCCUGUUUGAGUAUCUCACCACACCCUAAUAUGCCACUUCUUGAAAUAUGCAGAUAGACAGAUUAAAAGCAAAUUUACAUUGUAAAACCUCUGACAGCCAACUGUCUAACUCCGCCCAUAACUUUUGGACCUAGCACUCCCAGAAGGCAUGAAUUAUUAAGUCCAUAUUAGUUUUACACUUGAGACAUGACUCUACUGUUGUCAUGUAGAAUUUGUGAAAUUUGUCUCUUGUAUAACAAAUUCCAUACAUGAGUUUAUACUGGAUUAAGCGUGCAGUUUCGUUAACUGUAAUUACGUUAGUUAUGUUCCAACACUCCAUCUUGUGCCAGGCAUCAGAAUUCAAUGCGGUUACUGACAUCCAGGAGUUGGGAUGUGGUGCGUGACUGCAAUGUAGGUGGCCCUGAACAUGGACGCAGUCAGGUAUAAAGAUAAAAACUCAUUAAGCCACAGGUCAGUUCACAGGUUAAAUGAUCCCUCAUUUAAUGAGUUUGUAGCCUGAUCCCAGAUCUGUUUGUUCAGUCUUGCCAACUCCUAUGGCCAUUGACUAUACAGCGUAAACAGAUCUGGGACCAGGCUUAUGCAUUUGGUCUUGAGAUAUAUGUCAAUAGUGGAGGAGUUUACUUUUGUGUGUAAACUUUUUUAAAACUAGAGCAAAGGUUCUACACUCCAAUAAGAAUCUAAUUCAAACUGGUUUCUGAUCUCGGAAGCACAAAAUGAGGUAACAAUAGGCUGCUGUGGUGGCUGACACGUUGUGGUAUGCAGCAGAAUAGUUUAUCCAUCCAAUAAGAAUAGGAAGAUGUUUCUGAGUCAGAAUAAUUCCCAAUUCUUCUGCAGAAUGUUCACCACAAGCUUCCUCCACUUGUACUAAUGAUAACGUCCUUACCUCAUCCAAGUUACUGACUGCUGUGAAUUUAUGUAGCUUGUGUACUAGGAAACCUCUACUACACAAUUUAAUUUACAGAGAAUUAGAACAUCUACAGAUUAGGCAAGACUUCUUCAAACGUACAUGAACAAUCUCAGCACAGUAUUAAUAUAGAAAUAAAUCGACCUCCAGAGUAGAUUUAAUGAUUUACAAACCCAUCUCAACAGUUGUUUUCACACAUUUAAUAUAAAUUUACCGCAGAAAUUAGACAUGAGUUUAUUUUUAUAAAGUAUAGUGGGAUUUGUUCAUACCGCUUGCCUUACUGUAAAAUUGCUCUCUGGAUGUAUAGCUUACUGCUUCUAUUGAUUCUAAGGUUGACUAAUAUUGUACAUUGGGUCUGCUUACUUGCACAGCUGGGUUAUUUAAUUGCUGUACAUCCAUUACAGGCAUUUUGAUCUCUCUAAUGAAUGUAUUAAUUCUCUUGUGUAGAUCCAAUCGCUGAAGGAUAUUUAUUUACUAACGUGAUUCUGAUAUUGGUUUGUUACACAGACAUAUGCAGUGCCAUGUAAUGUAAUUUUGUAGGAUGCAAAACAGCCCCCCCCCAAAAAAAUGAAUAAAUAAUAAUUCUUGUAA